AUGAAGAAAAUAACAGAUUUAAUAGUCUUUAUUACUGAAAAAAAACAAGAAAUAGAAAAUAUGUUAGAGGUUAUUAUAGAAAGUUCUAAAGGUCAAAAGAGUAAAACAACAAAACUUAAAAAAGAAGACUUGUUUCAGUCACUUCUUUGA